UGCCAGAUCGCACUGUUACCAGUCUGUCUUUGGAAGACAUCGGUUCACAAUCUCCCAACAUGACCUGUACAGAGAACUGGUCUACUUGUAAUGGCUUCUUUCUGUUGGCAUUGUCUCUACUUGCUAUUAUUUUGAACUUGACCCCACUUAUUGCAGACUAUGUAGAAGAUGGGAGACUCUUUUAUAAUUCAAUCUCUUGUUAUGAGUGGUGGCUUCCAGGACUCUUUGGAGGAGGAUUGCUUGUAUUACCAGCUGUGUCAAUGACCCUGGCAGCAAGGAAGAAAGGUAGCUGUAACUCAAGAUGUGGGAUGCUGUCCUCCUCUCUGCUAUGUGUUUUCAGUAUAAUUGGCGGCCUCUAUUGCACUCUUAUAGCGCUGUUUGCUAUCAGUAAAGGACCUCUGAUCUGUGAAAAAGGAAGCAUUACCUUGGAUCGCUGUGAUUACAGCCUGCGGAACUUCAGCGACUUUCAAAGCCUGAAUUUUGACCUCGUUUGGUAUACGAAUACUUCUUGCUCUCCCAAACAAAUUAAUGACAGCGUGACUGUCCAUGGGAUCUCACAGAAGAAUUCUUUGGACUUUAAUCUGGUCCCGGACUUUGAUCUGAACAUAACGAUUGAUGAGGAUUCUCAGAAGCUUAUUCACAUCGCAGUAUAUGCGUCUCUCGCUAUUGUGGGACUAUUAGAGGUGGUCACCUCUGUUAGCCAGAUAGUGGCUGGUUUGUUUGGCUUCCUCUGUGGAACAUCCAAACGCCAUAAGGGACAGUCACAGUGGCGGGGCUAGGUAAUUGUGUUGACAAGGCUAACAAUUAAUGGGUCCCACAUUUGCAAGUGGUGAGGUGUAAGUAAAAAUUAAAGGGGAAAAAGGGGAAUGUUUUGUCUAUUCUAUUUCCUGUUUUUUAUUUUAGAUAUAACUGUAAAAGAGAUCUGUUGGAUGUAAAUAGUCUAAUAAACACGUGUUAAUGUUAUUGGGUUAUAACAGUACUA